AGUAGUAUAUUUUCAAGUUCACGUUGCGGUCACACUAUUGGUUUGUCGCGGUUUUGCUGUCCGGGUCGAUGCAGCAGUGCGAUUAAUUGUUUUUGUUGAUCAAGUUCAAGACUUCGUAAGGGGUCUUCAAUUAAAAAUUACUGAACUUAUUUCUAGACUUUUCGGCAAUGGCCCAAGAACUGAAUAAUCUGACGCUGUCCGGCGACCAAAAACUAGAUGAACAAUUAAAUAAGUGGCUUGAAUGGGAUGGAAAUUCAAAGACCAGAAAUGACAUCUUGCAGCUGGCCAAGUCGGAAAAAUGGGAUACUCUUCGAUGCCGUCUCUGCAAUCGAAUUUCGUUUGGAACUGCGGGGCUUAGAGGUGAAAUGCGAGCUGGCUUCGAUUCCAUGAACGAAUUGGUUGUUGUGCAAACCGCCCAAGGUCUGUGUGCGUACAUCAAGGAACAAUAUCCGGAUAAAUCGAUUUGGUCAGAGCGUGGCAUUGUCAUCGGUUAUGAUGCCCGUCAUAACAGCAAGCGCUUUGCCGAGCUAUCCGCUUUCGUAUUUCUAGCCAACGGAUUUCGUGUGUACUUGUUUAAACGUUUCGUUGCCACGCCCUUUGUGCCCUUUACGAUCAAGCAGCGCAAUUGCUUGGCUGGCGUGCAGGUGACAGCAUCUCACAAUCCCAAGCAAGACAACGGCUACAAGGUUUAUUGGAGUAACGGUGCACAGAUUAUUACGCCCCAUGACAGUGGAAUCCACAAGUCCAUACUUCAGAACUUGCAACCGCAGGGCGAUGUUUGGAAUACAAAUGAGGCAACUUUGUGGAAAAAUGAAUUACUCAUCGAUCCCUAUGACAUCGUUGCACCCGCCUAUUAUGCAGCGCUGCUCAGCACGAUUCCCGAAAAGCUUGUAAAGGCUAAUGCUGAAUCUCCCAUUCGAUUCACAUACACGGCCAUGCAUGGUGUGGGUUAUCCUUAUGUCGAGGAGGCCUUCAGGAAAGUUAACCUGCAGCCAGUGAUUCCUGUGGUUGAGCAGGUUGAACCCGAUCCAGAGUUUCCAACGACUCCCAUGCCAAAUCCCGAAGAGGGCAAACAAUCGCUGGACUUGUCCAUUAAAACGGCAACGGAGCACAAAAGUCAAAUCAUAUUGGCAAAUGAUCCGGAUGCUGAUCGUCUGGCUGUGGCUGAAAUUAGUGAGAACAAUAAGUACAAGCUCUUCAACGGCAACGAAGUGGGAGCCUUACUUGCAUGGUGGAGCAUCGAACUGCACAAGAUUAACGAACCCAAUUUUCCACUAUCGAAUUGUGUGAUGAUUGCCAGCACGGUUAGUUCCAAGAUUUUAAAGUCCAUGGCGGCCGUUGAUGGUUUCACUGCCUACGAGACGUUGACGGGUUUCAAGUGGAUGGGCAACAAGGCCAUCGAAGAGGAGUCGGCUGGCCGCAAAGUGUUGUUUGCGUUCGAGGAAGCCAUCGGUUUCAUGGUGUCAACCAAUGUGCUGGACAAGGAUGGUGUCAGUGCCGCAGCACAUGUGGCCACAAUGGCCAAUUACUUACGCGCCGAGAAGAACUUGACGCUGCAGCAGAAGCUGCAGGAAAUUUACAAUACCUACGGCUAUCAUACAAGCAACUGCUCCUAUGUGCUGUGCCACGAUCAGGAGAUAAUCACGCGUGUAUUUAAUCGCUUACGCACCUUCGACAAUGGCAAACCGAAUACGUAUCCCACCAGCAUUCUGUAUGGGGAAUUUGAAAUUCAGGAUGUUCGCGAUUUGACCACCGGCUAUGACAGCAGUGCUGCUGAUAAACGCGCCACGCUGCCGGUCAGUUCGAGUUCCCAGAUGAUAACGUUUACCUUCAAGAACGGCCUCGUUGUCACCCUCCGCACCAGCGGCACAGAGCCAAAGAUGAAGUACUAUGCCGAGAUGUGCGGCAAGCCAGAAGAUAAGCAAUGGGAUAAGCUGACGGCGACACUUAAUCGCAUGGUCGAGGCCAUUGUCAAUGAUUUCUACGAGCCCGAGAAGAACAAUCUUCGGCGCAAGGCCGCCGAUUAAUCACCAGAUCCAACGAAUUUGAUUUGAUGUCCUCACUUUGCACAGUUACCGACGAAAGAGCGGCAAACAACAUUUGAUCACUAUAGCAAACCAAAUAUAUGUAGGCACAAAGAUGUUAUAAAUUAUUCAUUAUUAACGAAUAUAUCUACAAUAUAUUUAUGUAUGUGUGUGUAAUCAUAUAAUAGCAUUAAAUUAUCCACAUAUUUAUAUAAAGAAAACUUACGGAUUUUACGUAAAUAAACAUUUCCAUCUAGCACAAA